AUAAUGCAGGAAUAGCACGGCACAGCACAUCUUUCACACAUUUCACUAACAAGUUUGAACUAGUUGUUCCAAUUAUUAUCACUCUACACUACACUAGCUAGUAGCUACCAUGGUUGCCAAAAAUCAAUUCUAUCAUAUUUCAUUGGCAUUGCUUUUCUGUUUGGGAUUCUGGGCUUUUCAAGUCACAUCUCGCACUCUCCAAGAUGCAUCCAUGUAUGAGAGGCACGAAGAAUGGAUGGCUCGCUAUGCCAAAGUGUAUAAAGACCCUGAGGAAAGGGAAAAGCGUUUCAAGAUAUUCAAGGAAAAUGUGAAUUACAUUGAAGCCUUCAACAAUGCUGCCGACAAACCUUACAAGUUAGGCAUUAAUCAAUUUGCAGACCUCACCAAUGAAGAGUUCAUUGCACCAAGAAAUAAAUUCAAGGGGCACAUGUGUUCCUCAAUCACAAGAACAACCACUUUUAAGUAUGAAAAUGUGACUGCAUUACCAUCCACAGUGGAUUGGAGGCAAAAGGGUGCUGUGACACCCAUCAAGGACCAAGGCCAAUGUGGAUGUUGUUGGGCGUUUUCUGCUGUUGCAGCAACAGAAGGAAUUCAUGCACUGAAUUCUGGAAAAUUGAUCUCUUUGUCCGAACAAGAAGUAGUUGAUUGUGACACAAAGGGUGAGGACCAAGGUUGUGCGGGUGGUUUUAUGGAUGGUGCUUUCAAAUUCAUCAUCCAAAACCAUGGACUCAACACUGAAGCCAAUUACCCCUACAAGGCUGUCGACGGAAAAUGCAAUGCAAAUGAAGCAGCAAACCACGCUGCAACCAUCACUGGCUAUGAAGAUGUCCCUGUUAACAAUGAGAAGGCACUGCAAAAGGCUGUGGCCAAUCAACCGGUUUCUGUAGCCAUUGAUGCCAGUGGCUCUGACUUUCAAUUUUACAAGACUGGUGUUUUCACCGGUUCAUGUGGAACCCAGUUGGAUCACGGUGUCACUGCCGUGGGAUACGGUGUUAGCGCUGAUGGAACUCAGUAUUGGUUGGUUAAGAACUCAUGGGGAACCGAAUGGGGCGAAGAAGGCUACAUUAUGAUGCAGAGGGGUGUCAAAGCUCAGGAAGGACUCUGUGGCAUAGCUAUGAUGGCAUCUUACCCCACUGCAUAAUUAUCAAAUUUGGACACCACCGUUCCUAAACUAUAUACAGUCCUUUAAGUCUCAAUUCCCGCUAGCUACACUUGUGUAUAGCAGUGUAUCCUCACAUUAAUCAUUGUACCUAUCACGUAUUAUGAAACUAAAAAAUUAGUCAUGGUUAUUAGUCUUAUGACUUGAGAUACA